GUCACUUGCUCGUGGUAUUUCAACAGAAGCGUUUCUAAAAUGAAGGUUUUUCUAACAGUGAUUAUCCUAGGAACAUAUUUCCAGCUAUGUGUGAAUGGACAGCCAGGAAUCGACGGCAAGGCGGAGCUACAUAAUAUGAUCCGGAGUCUUCAGGACCAAAACCGCCGCAUCACCGCACAGAACCAACGGCUGAACUUGGUUUUUUCUGGCAUCCAACAUAUGUGUUCGGCACUCCAAAUGAACGACUGUACAUGCAACGAGGAUGUCAUAGAUGAGAUGCAAGGAAAUCUAUCAGACAACAAGAAUUUGAGGGUAAUUACUGUCAAAACAACGGGCGGGCAGAAUGACGUUGAUCACGUUAACGUUUCUGUGACAUAUUCCGCUCCUGACGUUCACAGUUCCAACGUCAUGGUGUUAUUCGAAAACAACGUCAUGUGGAGGACGGCUGGUAAAAGGUUUUCGAACGAUGAUGGAUCUUUCACAUUAAGUGUGACCCUUAACACAUUGGAAAUCAACGAACUUAAAAUGUUACGAUUUGAUACAUCGUCGGAGGCUGAAUCCAUCAGAGUCGAUAUAAAUAUCCUUGAAAUGAAUACUGAACAGGUAAACAGUAUUCCUGAAAUACAGUACGACCUCGUCAAAAUGAACUCUUCUUUCGAUGUAUCUAGCGGUCCGAACACAACACUGACUGUUAUGGCGAACGAAAAUAUUGAAGAUGAUUUGGCCGAACUAGGAAGAAUUGAAUUGAUUUCCACUGCUGAGAAAGAUAAUGAGACGAUUAUGUUUGAGGAAUAUUACCCUUGGAGUGAUGAUAUCCUUAUUAAUUUAGAACCAAGUGAUGAAGAAGGAAUAAAAGAAUUGACAAUAACUCUUACAAAUGGGAUAGCCAGAAAUGGCGGCUCUUUGACGUUCUUCUUGCGUCACAAUCUACCAGAUGUUGCACUAGUAAAUAACAUCGAAUACGGUCUAAUCACAAAGCUUAUGUCCGAAGAAAAAAAAGACUUUAUUGCUCUCCUCGGCCCUGUUAGUCAGCCCAGCACAGAAUACAUCACAAAGCCAAAACAAAGUGUAACGUGUUUUACGGUAGGAAACAGGAGUCCACUGGUUGCAUUGUAUAAGGUUGGGAAAAACGGGAACCAGAAACUUCUGGAGACUGAGAGAAUUUAUAGUGAUUUUAUGAUGGAAGCCAUUGCUUACACACCUGAAGGACCUGGAGUAUAUAAAUGCCGUGCCUGGGACAAGACUGGAAAACGUACAGAGAAGACAGUGACAUUAGCGAAUAUGGUACAAUCUGUUUUUAAAGCGGAUAAAACUGGUGUGCAGCACAACUCAUCAGACCACUUGACCAUCUCGUGCAAGGCGUCGGGAUUCCCAACACCAUUGUUACGCUUUUCAUUUUUCGAUGAACAAGGCCCAGAAAUGACAUCCACAUCUUUUCAGAUCACGGAUAGGACUAAGGGUAAAUCAAGCUGGAAGAUAAUGACGUUGUCUAGAAACGAGACGCUCACCUACCAUACCAUCAUGUGUUUGUCCGCACAAGUUGACAGCGCCGGAAAUAGGCUCCGUUAUGACAGUUCGAAGAUUGAGAUAUACCCAGGCCUGCAUUUUGAAGCAAAUUUAACAGCUUAUUAUGCACAUAGAACAUAUGAAUAUACGCCCUAGGAGGGCCAGUAUUGGGCCUUGAAGCAAACUCUUCAGUGCAUUAUAGUGCUUGACGACCUUUAUGUAUUUAGGAGGCGUUAGUCAAUUGGACCUUGUAGAACGCUUAUCGACGUGCAUUCAUUAAGGCUUAUACUAUUGAGUUUGCAACUUAUGUAAGCAUCGGGGCAUCAUAUAUUAAAUAAUGCUUAUAAGAGGGGGUAUAUUCCUAUCACCAUACGGCGGUCGGUCGGCCGGCAUUUUGGCAAAGGUUUGUGGAACAAACUUCGCACACAGUUUUAGAGUUACUACUUCGGUAUUUGGUACACUUCACAUCCAUGAUGUGUAGUAAUGCCUGGCGUAUUAGUCGUGAACUAAUGACAUUUUGUUGUAGAGUUAAGUGCUUUCGAAUAUGAUUUUUUCUCUUCGGGCGAUACUGAAGUUUGUGAAUUGAACUUCUUACACUGUUUUAAAUGUAUCACUCUGGGACAGGGCCCACAAUAUCACCAUGGUGUGAGGUAGUGCCGCACGUAAUUUUCAUGAUACCUUGUUCAAAUAUUGUUUAUUUUGAGGAAUGAACCUUUGAGCAUACGUGUAAUGUUUUUGUUUUAAUAUAUGUGUGUGAUGUAAAGAAAGUGUUUGCAGCAAUGGCACUAGAUCAUAAAUAGUCGUUAAUAUUUAAAUUGGGUGGGAAUAAUAAGCGUCAGUAUAUUAACGCAAAAAUCAAUGAUUUAAAGCUUAAAUAAACACACAUCUGCUGAAACGUGUAUCCGUGUGCUGCUGAUUAGUGUAUGUUUUUGAAACCAGUGUCAUCAUUAUAAAAUCUGUUAGACAUGUUAUGUUUUCAUAACCCAGGUAUGACGUUAUGUAACAAACUUUGGAAACCAUCAUCUAUAGAUACACUUUGUUUAACAUUUAGAUUUUCCUUUGACCUUUAAAUUGUAUCAUUUGCUGUUGAUGUGUUGCGUUCGGGAGUAAAUUCAAACUUAAUAUCA